AUGCUUGCUAUCAUGGGCCCCAGCGGAUCUGCAACUACUGGAAAUAUUCUGGUCAAUGGCCACAAGAUAUCUCUUCAGCAAAUUCGUUAUUCGUCUAGUUACGUUGAACAAGAAGAUGCCCUGAUAGGUAGUCUCACAGUUCAAGAGCCUAUGGUGUUUGCGGCGCGACUAUCUCUCUCAAAGUUGGUGAACCCCAAGUGUUAUUAUCUCGCCGCCUUUGUCCUGCGAGCUCAAGCAGAUACUGUCGUUGGAACGCCCAUCAAAAAGGGUCUCAGUGGCGGCCAAAAGAAGCGGCUUGAUGUUGCUAGUCGACUAGUCACAAAUCCAAAGAUCAUUUUCCUCGACGAACCAACAAGCGGACUGGACUCUGCGCUGAGUCUCGAAGUGUGCACCUACAUCAAAGCCAUCGGUCGCAAGAACAAUCCAUCUUCUGCAACGUUUCAACAAUUCGACAAGCUAUACCUGCUGUCUGGCGGACGAACCUGCUACUUUGGCCCAGUAUCAGAAGCCACCGUAUAUUUUGCCAAGAUUGGUUACGCAAUCCCACCGGAGACGAGCUCGGCAGAUUUCUUCCUCGAUUUGAUCAACACAGAUCUUGACAAGGAUGGCGACAUUCGCCAGAGAACAGAAUAUAUCUGCCAGGCUUGGAAAAUCUCUCCCGCUUGCAAUAACCUUGAAGUUGCAAUCCAAAAGUCUAUAGAAGGAACGUCGUCAUAUUCAGACCUCAAGAUUGAACCCUCAGAGUCGUGGAAAACACCGGUGAUACUUAUUCGCCGCUCCUGGAUCAAAUCUUACAGAGAUGUUAUGGCCUACGGUAUUCGUGUCGCCAUGUAUCUUGGACUGGCUAUCCUUAUGGGCACUGUCUUCCUACGUUUCAAAACGGAGCAAUCAUACAUACAGCCUCUCAUCAACGCCAUUUCCUUCGGUGGUGCCUUCAUGUCAUUCAUGGCUGUCGCAUACGUCCCAGCUUUUCUCGAAGAUCACAGUACCUUCCGACAGGAGCGUGCGAAUGGGCUGAUCUUGUUGCAGCCGAGUCUCUGGUUGUUUUAA